UGUGCUGCUGUUGUAGUAUAAAAAUGGCAUAAGUGAAUGUGAACAUAAGUCAUGUAUAGUUAUUGGAGAUCUUCAUAUGAUGUUAAUCAGUGAAAAAAGAGACAGAAAGAGGUUCAUAUAGCAAGCAUGUUUUGUUACACCAGUAAAUGAAAUGUACUGUUAUAAUGUUGACCGUGAGUUGGCAUCAUGUGAAGAGGAAGCAACAUCAUCUGUGUACAUGUUCUCUUUGCCUGUGAUUUCCAUAAAUAAGGAGUUGAAUGUGUUGUUGCUGUUGUCUUUUAUUUCCAUGUGUCAUUGCAUUGUGUGCACACAGAACAAACAGGUCUCUACCACAUUCAAAUUAACACACUUCCAGAGAAUUUCAGUAAUAGAGACCAACACAGAGGGGGAAAAAACAACAAAAACAAACAAAAAAACAUUAAAUUAAAAGGGCUUUUGUUCAGAGGAAUAAACAAAUGAUGUGAUGCUGAAUGAGGGAUAAAAGCAGAUAUAAUAAUCACACAGUUCGAAGCUGCAGACAGAAACAUCAGACUCAGGACAGAAACACACGAUCUCUGAAGUAAGAACAAAUCACAUGUUCAUUCUUUAACUAGAAUUAGACUUUGGCAUGUUAAUAUUGUCUUUAUCAUUGUGUCCAGUGCAUUUAUGCUCCUAUUAAGAUUGAUUUUUAAUCAUCGCUGAAAUAAUUUUUUGCACCAAAUGAAUCUGUGAAUAUUUGAAAUCUGAGUUUAUCUGUUUUUUCCUUCCUCAGAAAUGGACCAAACUCUAUACUCCAUUCUUCUCGUUGCUCUCUGCUCCGUAUCUCAAUGUGUUCAGCUUCAGUAUCACUUUAUAAACGAGAUGAAGACCUGGACUGAAGCUCAGAGAUACUGCAGAGAGAAUUACACAGAUCUGGCCACCGCUGACGACAUGAACGACAUGAACGAGCUGAACAAGAGUGUGAAUGAUGGAAGUGUUCAGUAUGUCUGGAUUGGGCUGCAGAAGACGGGUCGUGAUGAAUGGCACUGGUCUUCAGGUGAACCUGCGCUCUAUCUGAACUGGGAACCUGGACAACCAGAUGGCGGAGAUGAGUGUGCUGUGAUGACAAAUGGAAAAUGGCAUGAUUUGCCAUGUAAUGACAACCGGCAUUUCAUCUGCAACAACAGUAAGUUUAUUUAUGCUUAUACUACAGGGCCGUUAAAUGCUUGAAUCUGAUUGGCUGCCGGACAUUCUAAGGUGUGCAAUUAUUUUCAGGCGAACGUAGUUCCAGGCAGCUCUUGACCUCAUUACAUGACCAUAUCACUUCGCCAAAUGAUUUCUGUUAUUUCAAUGGUCUUACAACAGCAAAAUAACCAAAACCCACAACGACACUGGCCAAACAAAUAAAUAUAGUAAACAAAAGGAUAAAAACGACAGAUCAUGUCCAUGUCUUUGCCACAAAAUUACACUUUAUUAUGUAUGGAAAGCACAUACUCUAUCUCUCCCUCUCUCUCUCCUUCACAGACCGCACAUACAUAACAGUUACAGUUUGCACACACUAGCAUACAUCGUGCUAAUGUUGUUAGCGCUACUCUAAAAAUUUUAUCAGUAAACAACUUAAAAACUACAUGACUUCUCACAAGCGAGGUAACAACAACGGCGCUGUUCGUGAACAAAAGGAACUAAGUUUCACUAUAACUAGAGACAUUGC